GUCUCGGCCACAGAAGCGAGAUGACGAAGGGAACGUCAUCGUUUGGAAAGCGUCGCAACAAGACGCACACGUUGUGCCGCCGCUGUGUCUCUAAGGCCUACCACCUUCAGAAGUCGACCUGUGGCAAAUGUGGCUACCCUGCCAAGAGGAAGAGACAGUAUAACUGGAGUGCCAAGGCUAAAAGGCAAAAUACCACCGUGACCGGUCGAAUGAGGCACCUAAAAAUUGUGUACCGCAGAUUCAGGCAUGGAUUCCGUGAAGGAACAACACCUAAACCCAAGAGGGCAGCUGUUGCAGCAUCCAGUUCAUCUUAAGGAUUUCGAUGAUUAGUCACGCAAUAAAUGUUCUGGUUUUAAAAAGAUAAAAAAAAAAAA